AUGAAGUGUUACGUCAUUCUCGUAAGUUUUUUGAGUGUGUUCGUGUUCGUGAGUUCGGCUCCAUUCUUAUCAUCAUCAGGAGGUAAUUCUGGUACCCAACUACAGCUUGGAUCUGGAGGUGGAAGUGGAAGUAGUGGAAGCAGCGGAGGAGGUUUAGGCGGUUUAACAAAUAUUUUAUCCCAAAUUGAUUUACCUGGAUUAUUAAGAGGAAUUAAUAGUUUUGUAAAAUUAGUUGGAGUAUUUUGUCCGCCAUGUUCACAGAUAUUAGACAAUGUCAUUCAAAACGUAACCAGUACAGCGUUUAGAGUAUUCGGUAGAGCCAUUCUACAAGGAGGAGGUUUAGGAGGCGGCAGAGGCGGAGGUGCUGCAAAUUCAGUAAAUGUAGUCCUUCCCACCUUCCCACCAGAUGAAGAUGAUUAUGAUGAUGAUGAAGAUAGUGAUAAACCUGCAGAAGCAAUCGAUAAUAGAUCUGGAGUAACUAGCGAAUCAGCACCUCUUGUAGAAAGUACCACGGCUAAAAAGGAAACGGAAAAUGCUGUUAUUACAUCCGCCGCUGACGAGAGCAACUUGAUCGCCCGAAGGAGUGCGAGGAAAACCAGAGAAGCAGCUGCGGAUCAAGCGCCGGCAGAAUCAGUACCACAACCUGCUGAAGAUCUUUCUGAAAUCGAAGAUGAUCAAGAUCGGAAUAAGAGGUUCCUGCCCUUUGGAGGAGGUUCUAGCUCCGGAGGGUCUGGAAACUUCUUAUUCGAUAUUAUUAGGAACACAGCUGAUCGUGCUGCCCGAAUGGUGGGCACUAUCUACAGAAUGGUAGCUGGUACACAACACUUUGGAUGGACUUCUGAUCCUAACGGAACUCCAGAAAACACAGACCAUCUUGCAGCUCAAUCUUCUACCGCUGUACAGCUGGUAGCUGGAUCCGGAGCAACAGAGGAAUCAGAUGAAAAAGCCAAUUCACCAGAUGGCGUUGAUGGUGAAGGUGCCCAGAAAAGCGCAGAUCACCAAUACAGCGAAGGCAUUCCCGGACCUAUCACUAGAUUACUUGUCAUAGCUAAUAGAGGAGUAGCCAAUUUAAUCCAAGAUUUAAUUCUCCGUUUGGCCCAAACCAGUGAGAGGUUGGUUAACUUCAAAGCUCGUUUGAUAACAUCCCUCAUAUAA